AUGUCGAAAGCGAACGAGUAUAAAGGCACAUCCAACUUUGACAGGAUUGAAAUUUUGAUGCUUCUUGUAUUCCAGGUGGUUCGUAAAGGCACACGAUUCUUUGAAAUUUGGGCCCAGGAAAGCAACGAGAUAAUCAGAAGGAAGACAGAACAGAAAUUACAGGAGGAUUUGAACAACUAUCCUCUCCUAUCUUCACCUCCGAUGGCCAAACAAAGAGUGACUGAAAUUAAUGGCGUUUUGUAUUCGUAUUUGGCGCUUUUAAUUGGAAGGUUAGAUAUGAUUGAGCAUAAUUCAGCAGGUUGUGAAAUGCUCGAGACUGUUGCGCAUCAAAUAAUUUUGCUUCUCAGAGAAUUAUUGUACAUCUCCAAAACUGGCUCAGACUAUUCUUUGCAAAAAGCCACUGAUUUGGAUUCAUCACUAGACGCUCUUUUGUCCCUUGUGAGUGAUUUAGUUACUGGUGUGAAAUGCUUGGUAACUUCCACGACUAGAGAGUCAAAAAAUUACGAGUUUUUGGGUUCGGUACAAGAUAACAAUAACUACUCAUACACAUCAGAGGGAAAGUUUCUCAUUCAAGUGGCUUCUAAGAUGAUCCUGGCAAUUGGGGAAACUAUUAUUUCAGUUAAAACACUUUUUGAAACUGUGGGGGAUUUCAGAUUAAGUUCAGAGCGUGCUUAUCCAGAAUAUUCUCGCAUGCGAAUUGAGCCUGAAGAGUUUAUCAAAAAAUGUUCAGUGGGAAUGGUGAAGUCAAUGUCUAUCAAAAACAUGGAUUUGAGGACAAUGAAAAAACAGAAUCCCAAAAGCGCUAGCAGAUAUUCCAUGUUUAGAUCUGGAUCUGGUGUUUCUGGAAGUAUGGGAAUUACACCUACCGGCGUCGACAUACUUCAUAAAGUCAUGCUAACAGACGACAACUCUACUUCCUUUGGUCAAGAUUCUGAAGAGUUCAAAAGAUUUAUGAGCGACUCAAAAGUGGAGAAUGACAACUUUACAAUAAAAGAUGAACUUCUUGUGGAUGCUAACGGAAACUUACUUGGCGCUUCAUUCAAAGGAUUAGUUUACACGUUAACUAAUGAAGUUUCCCCACCAGAAUACUUCUUCAUAUCCACUUUCUUUAUGUGCUUUCGAAGAUUUGCCAACGGUUUUGAUUUGAUUGAGGCAUUAAUCCACAGAUUUGAUGCUUCCCAUGAACAUGUCAAAGCAUCUGAACUAGAAGAUGCUCUGUUGAACGUAAAAUUGAAAAACAGAAGAAGAUUAAUAUGCAAAAUGUUUCAAAUAUGGAUGGAAUCUUAUUGGUCACAUGAGGAUGAUGCCCAAUACUUAUCUACAUUGGUCAACUUUUUCAACGAAGGAGUCUUUCUGUAUUUGCCCAUGGAAGCUAUGAAGUUAAUCGAAGUUGCAUCACAUCUCAUUUCUAGGGAUGUCCUGCUCGCGCAUACCCAGUUGAAAAGCAGAAGUAUUACAUUAGCGAAGUACGAAAGAAAAGAGUCCUCGUCCUUCAUGAAAAAAAGGGACUCUGAUGCAUCAAUCGAAUCGCGCUACUCGAUGGUUGAUGGAUAUGAGUUGACAAAGAUUAACACAAACAGCUCCGUUGCAAGUUCCUUGAAGUCAAUGACGUUGCCAAUACCUCUUGGCGUCAGCAGUCAAACUACUACAGCGAACUCUUUGUUAACAAAGGGCCAACUAAACACAAUUGAAAAUGUGGUGAGAACAUAUCGUGAAAUUCUCGGGGAAAGUUGGUGUCCUAUUGGGUACAUCAAGUCAAAGCACUUUACACCGAUUCCUCUUCCUCGUCUUUUACCCAAUUGGUAUUCCCUUUGUGAGCAAAGCUGGGUCUUGACAAAUUAUAGACCAAAUUUGCUUGAUUUCAAUGGAUUGGAAUUGGCAAAACAAUUUACACUCAUUGAGUCAGAGAUUUUCCGAUCUAUUCAACCAGAAGAAUUAUUGAACGGCAACUUCACCGCCGAAAAAGCACAUUUGAAGCUAGCUUCCAACGUCCGGUUAUCUCUAUUAUUUACAAAUUGCUUAUCUGAUUACGUUUUGGAAUCGAUAUUGCAACCACAGAUCAACCAUAAGAUACGGGUAAACAUUGUGAAAACAUGGCUAAAAGUAGCCAUAUCGUGUCUCUACUUGAGGAACUUCAACUCUCUUGCAGCUAUCAUCACUUCGAUGCAAUCUCAUUUGAUUACUAGAUUGUCAAAAGUGUGGAGUGACUUGUCUGAGAAGUAUACUACGCUAUUUGAGUAUCUCAGUGGCGUGAUUCAUCCAGAUAAGAACUACAGUGUCUAUCGAUCAAAAUUGAAAAAAUUUCUUUUGUCGAACGAGUACAACAUACCUGUUGUACCUUACUUUUCAUUAUUUUUACAGGAUUUGACAUUUGUGAGUGAUGGAAACCCAAAUUUCAGGAAAGCCAACACAUUUUUGAACCAAAAGUUAAUCAAUAUCGACAAGUAUUUGAAAAUAUCAAGAGUUAUAGCUGACAUUGAGUGCUUGCAAAUCCCAUAUUCUGAACCAGAGGGCAAGCACAGAAGAGGCAGUUUGUUCUCAAUGAACCUGUCAAAAACCACUGGUGAAGACUACACUAUUGCGACAGUGCCUGCACUACAAGAAUUGAUUUUGUUGGAGUUGUGGAAAAUUCUGCAACAGAACAAGGCAGACGAAGAUAGGGCCUGGAAAUUGAGUUGUGAAAUUCAACCAAGAGACCUUUCUCAACAAACACUUUAG